UGUCCUGCAUUGUCAAUCGCUGUUAGGAUCAUGAAGAUCGGAGAAAAAGUCAUUUUAACUGUUAAGCCACAAUAUGGAUUUGGUGACAAGGGCAGGCCAGCUCACCAUGAUGAAGCUUCAGUUCCACCUAACGCAACAUUGCAGAUCACUCUCGGGUUAGUUUCUUGGAACAAAGCAACUUUUCAUAAGCAGCUCCUCAAGGAAGGAGAAGGAGCUGACCGUCCAAAUGAGGGAGCUCUUGUGAAAUUAAAACUAAUUGGUAAGCUGCAAGAUGGCACUGUACUUUUGAACAAGGGCUAUAGUGAUGGUGAUGAUGAUGAACUGGAUCUGUUUGAAUUUAAAACAGACGAGGAGCAAGUGAUUGAUGUGCUUAAUAUAGCUGUAAUGACCAUGAAGAAGGGUGAGGUAGCUUUGUUGACUAUUGCGCCACAAUAUGUUUUUGGUUCAUCAGAGUCUCGGCUGGAAUUGGCAGUGGUUCCUCCGAAUUCAACCUUGUAUUAUCAGGUUGAGCUAGUAUCAUUUGUAAAGGCUAAGGAGGUAUCGGACAUGAACACUGAAGAGAAGAUAGAAGCUGCUCUUGAGAAGCGACAAGAAGGCCUAGCAUUAGUUUAUGCUGCUGAAUAUGCAAGAGCUUCUAAGAGAUUUCAGAAGGCUCUGAACUUUAUAAAGUAUGAUACUUCCUUUCCCGAUGAGGAUAGGGAAAUUGUUGGCUUGAGGCAUUCUUGUAAUCUGGGCAAUGCAUGCUGCUUGAUGAAAUUGAAAGAUUAUGAACGGGCAAAUAAAUAUUUUAAGGCAUGGCUGCUGUCUCCCAUCUUAUAG